UUGAGAAUGAUGUCCAGAGAUGCGCAUGCUCUUGCGUAAGAUCCGGGCCCGAGGAAGGAUGAAUGCAAAUUUCAAAGAUGGCGGCGGAGGGAGGAGGGAAGGAGAUGAACGAAAUUAAAACUCAGUUCACCACCCGGGAAGGCUCCUACAAACUCCUCACUCACUCCGAAUAUAGCCGCCCCAACAGGGUGCCUUUUAAUUCACAAGGUUCUAACCCCGUCAAAGUCUCUUUCGUCAACGUCAACGAUCAGUCUGGCAACGGCGACAGAAUCUGUUUCAAUGUGGGCCGGGAGCUGUACUUCUAUAUCUACAAAGGCGUCAGAAAGGCUGCCGACCUGAGCAAGCCGAUCGACAAGCGGAUCUACAAGGGGACGCAGCCUACGUGCCACGACUUCAACCACCUGACGGCCACGGCCGAGAGCGUCUCUCUGCUGGUGGGCUUCUCAGCGGGCCAGGUGCAGCUCAUUGACCCGAUCAAGAAGGAGACGAGCAAACUCUUCAAUGAAGAAAGACUAAUAGACAAGUCACGGGUGACGUGCGUCAAGUGGGUGCCGGGCUCGGAGAAUCUGUUCCUGGUGGCGCACGCCAGCGGCAGCAUGUACCUGUACAACGUGGAGCACACGUGUGGCACCACGGCGCCCCACUACCAGCUGCUGAAGCAGGGCGAGAACUACGCCGUGCACACGUGCAAGAGCAAGCAGGCGCGCAACCCGCUGCUGCGCUGGACGGUGGGCGAGGGCGCGCUCCACGAGUUCGCCUUCUCGCCCGACGGCAAGCACCUGGCCUGCGUGAGCCAGGACGGCUUCCUGCGGGUGUUCAACUUCGACGCGGUGGAGCUGCACGGCACCAUGAAGAGCUACUUCGGCGGCCUGCUGUGCGUGUGCUGGAGCCCCGACGGCAAGUACAUUGUGGCGGGCGGCGAGGACGACCUGGUGACCGUGUGGUCGUUUCUGGACUGCCGGGUGAUCGCGCGCGGCCACGGCCACAAGUCGUGGGUGAGCGUGGUGGCGUUCGACCACUGCACCACCAGCGUGGAGGAGAGCGAGCCGCUGGAGUUCAGCGGCAGCGACGAGGACUUCCAGGAGCAGCCGCUGCCACCGCCGCCGCCGCUGUCGUCCACGUCGGCCACCUCCUCCUCGCAAUUCGGCCGCGACCGGGCCAACAGCACGCAGUCGCGGCUCUCCAAGCGCAACUCCACCGACAGCCGGCCGGUCAGUGUGACGUACCGGUUCGGCUCGGUGGGCCAGGACACUCAGCUGUGCCUGUGGGACCUCACCGAGGACAUCCUGUUCCCCCACCUGCCGCUCUCGCGAACACGAACGCACACCAACGUCAUGAACGCCACCAGUCCCCCCGGAGGAGGAGGAGGAGGAGGAGGAGGAGGAGGAGGCGGUGGGGGCGGGACGGGCGGUGGGGGCGGAGUUGGAGCAGGAAGUGUGGGGGGUAGCGGGACUGUCAUCACCACAACAACUACGACGACAACGGCGACAACAACAACGACGACCGGCACCAUCAACAGCAACCCCAGCACCAACGGCAACAACAGCGGCGCCAACACGCCCUCGGUGCCCAACUCACUCACGGCGACUACGCUACCGCGCUCAAACAGCCUUCCACACGGGGCGGCCAGCGUCGCCGCCGGCAACAACAGCAGCGGCAGCACCACCACCACCGGAGGUGGGGGCAGCAGCAGCAGCGGCGGUGGCAAAUCAGGCGGUGUUAUGGAAGGCGGACUGGCAGCGGGCGUGGCCAAGUUCGCCACGCUCUCGCUCCACGACCGCAAAGACCGUCACCAGCACCACCACCACCACGAGAAGGACCACAAGCGCAACCACAGCAUGGGCCACAUCAGCAGCAAGAGCAGCGACAAGCUCAACCUGCUGGCCAAGCAGAGCAAAACGGACCCGGCCAAGACGCUGGGCACACUGCUAUGCCCGCGCAUGGAGGACGUGCCACUGCUGGAGCCGCUCAUCUGCAAGAAGAUUGCGCACGAGAGACUCACCGUCUUGAUCUUUCUCGAGGACUGUUUUGUCACCGCUUGUCAGGAAGGAUUUAUUUGCACAUGGGCGAGGCCUGGCAAAGUGGGUUUAUUGUCAUCCCAAAACCAAGCCAACUCACCCAGUGGGACUGUAGUAUAGCUAUUUCUGCUGCUAAGAAUCCUGCAUCACAGAGAUGUUGAGUCACACAGAGGCGGAUGCUGCUCUUCACCCUCAAAAGCAUUGCAAGUCGUUUUUGUUUUGUUUUUUUCCAUUUUGUUCUUCCUACCUUGUUUUUUUUUUUUUUCUCCCCCUUUUUUAAAUUUCUUUUCCUCCCUGUUUUCGCCUCCCUGCUGAGAUCUUUAUGUUUUGGUUGUCUCUCGUAUGGCCCGGAGUUUGGUGGCUGUGCGUAGAUACAGAUGGAAAAAAAGGGGUGUGGUGCAAUUUUGGUUUUCUAAAAAGUGGCUGGUGUAUUCUCCGAAUUUUUAAGAGUUGUAUUUAUUUUAAUUUUUUUUUAAUCUUUUUUUUUUUUUGCUAACACACAUCUGCUUGACUUUAGUUCUCCUUUCCCCGCUUUUAUUUCUCCUCGACCCCCCUCCCCUAUCUCCCCUUCUCUCCUGCCAGAUUUUGGAUCAUGGUUGACUAAGUGAACCAUACGACUAAAUCAGUGGUAAGAAUCCAUCUGGCUAAUGAUGUUCUCAAACACAGGGAGGCAUGAGUCUGAGGAUUUUGCCGCCCUCCAACUCCUCUCCUCUCCUCCAACCCCUCUUUAUUUAGACUCUAUCCUCAUUGAGAACUUUGCACUGAUUUUUUUUUUUUUUUUUGUUUAGUUUUUUUGUCUUUUUUGUUUUGUAACUACUAUAAAGGAUUUAAAGAAAUGGAAAGGUUCUGAGGAUGGCCUCCAUGCACUUGGCUUUGUUAUCCUCUGUCUUGAAAUUUGAAAUCUGAAAAAGCUGGAUGCUGCAAUCAUAGUUUUUUAAAACGAGAAAAAAAAAUUUGUUUGCACUUAAUAGUUUAUUAGAAGAGAAUGGCUUUACAUUUUUGUGUGUGCGCGCAAGGACUCGCAGACAGAAAUAAGGAGGAGAAAAUAUGAACUGACAACUUUGUAUCUAUUGAGCAUUUAUUUUAAUAUUGUUUCAGAUCAAAAUCUGCUCUGUAUAAUAUUGUACAAUAAUGUAAUUCAGUGAUUUGAUGGGGCGAACAGCAAAUCGAUCAGUGCUCUAGUGGACGUUUUUGUCAUCAUUAAAGGAAAUAGUGAUCUUUCUUAAGCAGAAAACUAUACAUAUUAAUAAUAUUAAAAUAAUCUUAAAUAUGCAGGUUUCUGUUUUUUUUUUUCUCUUUAUUUUCUCUUGUACAAAUAUUCAUCCAGAGGUAUUUUGGUAUAGGAGAUUUUUUGUGUUAAAUGCUCUAAUCUAUGAGCUGAAACGCUUACCUGUUGUUAACAGAUCCACGAAAGAAUGAACGAAAGAGAAAUAAGUGUAUUUCAGCAGAGGGGCUGUUCAGACUCUACAACUAUAUGAAGCUCAGGAAGUCUCAAGAAAAGUCUAAAGAAAAAACAAAACAAAAAAAGAUGGAGAUAGUUCAUAUUUUGCCUACCAACAGCAAUGCUAUUACUCAAUGUAACGCUAAGUAACACCCAACUAGGAACAACUAGGUUUGAAGUUGAACUGUAGGACCCUUAUCUGUGUGACACACUUAAAUGUUUUUUACUGUAUCUUCUUUUGUGACUACCAAUCAUUGUUGAUGAAACCUACAUUGACUACACUAACUGGGGAAGGGAUGAAGACACAGACAUGGUCAUACCCUUGGUUUUUCAAUGUGGUUGACAUUUUACAUUUCACCUUUUGUUCUGCAUUAAAACGAGAACGUAUAUGAAUGUGUGGCCUCAUGCUUCAAUUACUGCCAGACGACUUUCAUCUUCAAGUUCUCUCAGUGAUCUGUGUGUUUUUUUAUUUUAAUUUUUUGUUUUAUUUUCUCUCGUUUUAUGUCACCGAUUUUCAUGGUGUGGAGACACAUUUUUCACUGUCCUGUCCUGGGAAUAAAGAAUUCAUAUAGUUGCUUUCUAACUGGAAACAAA